AAUGGAAAAUAAAAGUCUGCAUAUGGAAUUAAUAAAUGCUAUGAAUGAGAUUAUGUUUAAAAGAGAUGAAUUAAAUAGGCAAAUUCAAAGCGAUGAUGAAGAAAAGAAGAUGCUGGAGAACGAUAUUACAAUUUUACAACAAAGACUUAAUUGUGUUCAGCAAAGAUUAAGAUGCAAUCAAGAAGUAAUAGGAAAAAUGAAUAGAAUAUUAACAGAAACCGAUAUGGCUUAUAGAAAAAUACAAGAGAGUUCACAAGUAUUAGUCUCUGCUUUGAAAAAGCAUUCUCACGAUGUUUAUUAA